AUAGCAUUGCCCCAUUCGCUCUUGCACUGACUUGUACACCUGGUUGUGAGUCAAAAAUAAAAGAAAUACUCAUGCACGCACACACACACACAGCAAUACAAAUCGGUUCGUCCGGCACACUGCAUGGUUGAUAGUUAUUUUCCCGCAGUGGCGUUCGCUUGUUCAUUCGUUCGGUAAAUUCGUUGCCACAUCUAUAUAGAAAACGGAAGCAAAGAGAAGCUCGUCCUGCACGACACCAAUCUGUUCCGUUCGUUUCUCGCUGCAGUCCGGACACAUGUGUGCACCGUUCGACGUGGAUGUGCGGUUGUUCGUGGUAGCGUAGCGUGCAGCGUGUCAAAAGAAAAAUCGUUCAGGAAGUAGCCGCAAAAACAAAACCAUGCUGUUGGCACUGGCAAGACGUACGGUGUCGGCAUGGAAACCGCUCCACAGGACGACGGUUCCAAUGCUGCCGUCCGCCGUGCAAACGCUCCUGGGCACAACGGCCACCACGGUGCGAUGGAAAUCGAAGCGAACGAAAAUUGAGCUGAAACGCCGGUUGAAGGCGGAAGCGAAGGAAAAGGAAAAGCAGGAGAAAAGCUUGCUGGCAAAAAGCGAACAAAGCGCCGGUAAGGCUGGCGACCAUUCCGACCAAAAGAAGGCGACCGGUCCGGCCAAGGAGAACCUGGAAGAGAUCUCCCCGAACGAGUACUUCAAGCUGCGCAGUGCGGCGGUGGCCGAGCUGAAGAAAACUCCCGCGACGCACCCGUACCCGCACAAGUUUACCGUCACGAGCUCGCUGGGCGAAUUUAUCGAACGGUACGGCGGUCUGCAGGACGGUGAAACGCUGGACAGUGUGUCGUUGAGUGUGGCCGGCCGGGUGCACGCGAUCCGGGAGUCGGGCGUGAAGCUUAUUUUCUUCGAUCUGCGCGGCGAAGGUUUAAAGCUGCAGGUGAUGGCGAACGCAAAGACGUACGAAAGUGAGGAGCUGUUCUUCGAGGAAACGGCACGGUUGCGCCGCGGUGACAUUAUCGGUGUGACCGGCGUGCCGGGCAAGACCAAGAAGGGCGAGCUGUCCGUGAUGGCGAGACGGUUAAAGCUGCUGUCGCCCUGUCUGCACAUGCUGCCCCACCUGCACUACGGGCUGAAGGAUAAGGAGACGCGCUUCCGGCAGCGGUAUCUCGAUCUGAUGCUGAACAACAACGUGCGCAACAUCUUCGUAACGCGUGCGCUCAUCAUCAGCUACGUGAGACGUUUCUUCGACAGUUUGGGCUUCCUGGAGGUGGAAACGCCGAUGAUGAAUAUGAUAGCGGGCGGUGCCACGGCCAAACCGUUCAUUACGCACCACAACGACCUGAACAUGGAUCUGUUUCUGCGCAUUGCGCCCGAGCUGUAUCUGAAGAUGCUGACCGUCGGUGGGCUGGACCGGGUGUACGAGAUUGGCCGCCAGUUCCGCAACGAAGGUAUCGAUCUGACGCACAAUCCGGAGUUUACGACCUGCGAGUUCUAUAUGGCGUACGCCGAUUACAACGACAUCAUCGACAUAACGCAGAAGCUGCUGUCGGGCAUGGUGCACGCCAUCCACGGGUCGUACAAGAUCAAGUACCAUCCGGACGGGCCGGACGGGCAGGAGUACGAAAUCGAUUUUACGCCCCCGUUCAAGCGCAUCUCCAUGAUCAGCUCGCUGGAGGAGAUACUGCAGGUACAGUUCCCGGCGGCGGAUCAGCUGCACACGUCCGCGGCGGUCCAGUUUCUGGAUGCGCUCUGCGUGAAGCACGACGUGGAAUGUAAGCCACCGCGUACCGCCGCCCGCUUGCUAGACAAGCUGGUGGGCGAAUUCCUCGAGGAAACGUGCAUCAACCCGACGUUCAUCUGCGACCAUCCGCAAAUCAUGAGCCCGCUGGCAAAGUACCAUCGCACCCUGACCGGCCUGACCGAGCGGUUCGAGCUGUUCGUGAUGCGCAAGGAGGUGUGCAACGCGUACACCGAGCUGAACGAUCCGGCCGUACAGCGGGACCGGUUCGAGCAGCAGGCCGCCGACAAGGCUGCCGGUGACGAUGAGGCACAGCUGGUGGAUGAAAAUUUCUGCACCGCGCUCGAGUACGGUUUGCCGCCGACCGGCGGCUGGGGUAUGGGCAUCGAUCGCUUGACCAUGUUCCUGACCGAUUCGAACAACAUCAAGGAGGUGCUGCUCUUCCCGGCCAUGAAACCGGACGAUCCGAACAGGCGACAUCCGGCCGCGGUAGCUGGUGGGGAUGGGACAGAUGCGUAGGCCCCGAAAUGUUGUGCACUUGUAAGCACGAUCUGCAUGUAUGUUCAUUGUCGCGGAAGGCAUUACGCAGUGUUUGAACAAUAAACAAAAAAAUCUACUUAAAA